CGUUUUUCUUUAUUUGCACCGCCUGCACCGUUUUCCCACCGGUGUAGCAAAACUUGCACCCAAACCGUUCUUUUAUUCCGCAGGUAGUACACCGUUUCUGCACUCGAUCGUAAACGGUGCAGUAAAUUCUACACCCUGAUCGAGUUGGGUGUAGCAGGUACUGCACUCUUUUUACCAAUACAUGCAUGAUGCUUAGCUGUCAGUGAUAUUUGUGUUUUGAUCGCUUUGGUAGGUUUUGUUGUUUUCGCUGUCGAGCAAGUGAUAUCGUUUUCAGUUUUCGGUCAUUAUUGAGUGCGUGGAUAAAAUGGAUUUGAUCAGGAAUUUGAUUGAAUCAUCUGAUUCAGAAGGAGACGAGGAAAUGUUCCUUGCAUUUUUUCAAAUAAACGGUACCACAAGAAAUGAAAAAUCGCGCGCUGAAAAUUUUAUGAGUACGAUUGAUCGAUACAAUGAUGAAGAGUUUCGCAACAAUUUCCGAUUAACGAGGAGUACAGCAGAACUUCUUAUUUGUAAAUUUGAAAAUUCUGUAUUUUACAAAGAAGCAGAAGGACGGGGCAGAAGUAGUCUAUGUGCAAAAAAACAAAUGCUUUCUUUUUUAUGGUUCUGUGCAAAUAAAAACUCCUAUAGAGAGAUUUGUAAUUUGUUCGACAUGUCGGAGUCAACAUUUUUUCGACACACGGAAUCUAUCCUAGAUUUCUUCCAUGAUAUAUCUAGGGAAUACAUAAAAAUGCCCAUGACUGAUGCAGAAAAAGCGAACGUCGCGAACGAAUUCGAAAAGCUCGCCGGAUUUAAAAACGUUAUCGGUUGCAUCGAUGGAAGUUAUAUUAAUGUUCGAAAACCAGCAAACAAAAUUCGCUCCACAUAUAUCAAUAGGCAUGAAUUGGUAUCUCUAACACUGCAGGGUAUAUGUGAUGCCGAUAAAAGGUUCCUUGACGUCUUUUUGGGCCCACCUAGCAAAAUUCAUGAUUCGAGAAUUUUUAGCAUGUCCCCGAUAAGCCAAAAAUUGCCAACGAUAUGCCAACAAAGUUAUCAUAUCCUAGGAGACGCAGCUUAUCCUAUUCGUGAGCAUCUAUUAACUCCUUUUAGGGAUUAUGGUAACCUGUCAAAUAGGCAAAAAAAGUAUAACAAACGUCAUUGUCAAACACGAGUUAAAAUAGAAAAUUGUUUUCAAUUAUUGAAACAACGUUUUAGACAACUUAUGCGUCUAGAUUUUUUUACUGUUAAAAAAAUGUGUAAAUUUAUAAUGGCAUGUUGUGUUCUACAUAACAUAUGCAUCGAUCAAAACGACUUAUUUUUAACAACCAACGAAGAAAACAAUGAAGACGUAGAUAAUUCUCAAGACAAUGUAAGAAUAAAUAAUUAUCAAGAAUGUAAUACAAGAGACAAUAUUUUAAAAAGGCUAGGAGAGAUGAAAAGAAACACUAUUGUAAACACUUUUACAUAAAUGACGAAAAUAAAAAGCUAAAUAGUUGAAUAAGAGAAAA